UAUCUGCUGCGUAUUACUGUUUAACAUUUAUGUUUAAUAUAUAAAAAAACAUGUAGUUGAAAACGUUUUGUCAAAAUAUAUCAUAAAAUACAUUAUGAAUGAACGUAAAUGAAUAAUACAUAUACAUAUAUUGAUACUUAUCAAAAAUAAAUUUUGAUUUAUUUUAUAAUUGUAUUCUGAAGUGACAGUAUUUCUUUCGAAGUUCGUAUUAUAUUUUGACAAUAAUUAUUUCAUAUUUAAUAUAAUUUUUUACCAGAUUUAAAUAAAUAACAGAUUAUAUUUAUAACGUUAUUAGGUUAUCAAUGCAACAUAAAUUUGUUAAAUUUUAUAUAUGAAGAAGAUUUUGAUAAAUGAUGCAAAUGAUUAAUUAAUUAAAUUAUUAACAUAAUAUAUGAUAAAAAUUAUGUAGAUAAAAUGGUUGCGAGUACAGCAACUGAUAUGACUAGAUCCAUAUAUCAUGAAAGACAAGUGAAAGAGCUUUGCGCAUUACAUGCAUUAAAUAAUUUAUUUCAAGAAAGACGAUUUAGUAAACAAGAAUUAGAUCAAAUUUGUUAUAGCUUAAGUCCAGAUGUGUGGAUUAAUCCUCAUAAAUCAUUAUUAGGUCUUGGUAAUUAUGAUAUUAAUGUUAUUAUGGCAGCAUUACAACGAAGAGGACAUGAAGCAGUUUGGUUUGAUAAACGCAGGAAUUUUUUCAGAGAUCCCAAAUGUCUAUGUUUAGAUAAUAUUGAAGGUUUUAUAUUAAAUGUACCUACAGAAUAUAAAUUGGGAUUUGUAUUACUUCCUUUGAAAAGACGACACUGGAUUGCCCUGAAGAAAAUUCAUGGUGCCUUUUAUAAUCUUGAUUCAAAACUUGAUUCUCCUCAACUUAUUGGAAAGGAAAAUGAUUUGCUUAGAUAUCUAAAGGACCAAAUAGAUAGUAAAGAAAAGGAAUUAUUUCUUGUCGUAUCAAAAGAAAUAGAUAAUAAUCAAGGAUGGUUAAUAAAUACAUAUGUAAAUAAAGAAGGAAUUAAUGCAAAUCACAAUACUGAUAUCAGGUAUAUUGAAGAUGGAUAUACAAGAAUUGAUUUGAAAAAAGAAGAGUCCACAGAAAUGAAUAAAAAUGAAAAAUCAUUAUAUGAUAAAAAUUCUAGGUAAUUAAAGUUUUUUCUAAUUUAGUUAAACUAUGUAUCAUUUUCAAUGCUUCAGGCCAAAAUAAAUUAAAAAUUGAAGUGACAA